GGGCACGAGCGCCUGCAUCUGGGAGCAGGAAACAAGAGGGGAGCUGAGGAGCAGAGAUGGGUGGGGGUGAGAACAGAGAGGUAAUUGUAUAUGUGUGAGUGAGGCAACCCAUAGUCGAGGGGUUUAGAAGCAGGAGGAGAGGGAAAGAGCAGGAAGGGAGAGACUGCUCCUGGGAAGGACUGGGAGAAGAAGAAGAGUAGCAACAAGAGGAGAGGAAAAAGGGAUAGAAGAAGAUAGAGAGAGGCAAACACAGAGGGGCUUCACAGGAUGGAGAGAUGAGUCCUCGCGCAGUGACCCCAGGGUCACGUGUGUGAGUCCAGAGACAGAGGAUGGAGUCGGUGUGAUCGACAGUCAUAAAAAAAAACAGUGAGAAAGUUAAGUUGGAGAAAACUCAGAGAGUUUGGGUGUUUGCAAGUGUGUGUGAAACAAAGAGGAGCAGUGAGAAGGGGGUGGAGGCAGAGAAAUGGGGAGUCCACAUGUGGCAGCACUGAGUUGGAGAGAGAGGUGUUUUUAAAGUGUGUGGAAGGUGGGGAGGGGGCAGUGCGAGCAUGCAGAGUGUAUCCUUCCCUCUGUCCCUGCAGCGGCAUUGAACGACAGCCAGGAAAAGAGGAAGGGCGUCCUUCUCUUCCACCUCCUCCUCCUCUCCAGCUGACAAAAACAGCUGCCCAGGAGCCCGCUCAGAGGACGAGGGGAAGAGGACAGAGAGGGAGAGAGGAGGAGGGAGGACAAAAGAGAGAGAAAAGAAAGAGUGGAGAGAGGAGGAAGAAGUCCCAAAGUCCAGGACCCCGUCCACCUAUAUGGGUUGCGUCCUGAGCUUGGACGGGUGCGGGGAGGAAGAGGUGCAACCGCUGCCGGUGGUCAGAGACUCGACCCUGAAGAGAAGGAGCCUGGAGAGGAGUGAGAGUGGCAGGAUGAGGCUGACAAAGGCGGGGAAGGGAGAGCCCCACAUCUUCAAGGAGAAGACCUUCAAGAAGAAGCGGCAGUGCAGCGUGUGUCGGCAGAACGUGGAUCACGUGGGCUCCUUCUGCAGAGUAUGCAAGACAGCCACCCACAGGAAGUGCGAGGUCAAGGUGACCUCUGCAUGCAUCCCAGUGCCUCCCAAUGAUCUGCAGCGUCGAGGGACUGCGCCUCCUCGACACACCCAACACCUGGGGUCCACCAAGUCUCUGACCUAUACCAAACAGAGGAACACCCUGCCAAGGAGCUUCAGUGUGGACCGCGUGAUGGAGAGAGUGAUGGAGCGCCACUACGACUUUGACCUGACCUACAUCACCGAGAGGAUCAUCUCCGUCUUCUUCCCCCCAAACCUGGAGGAGCAGCGGUACCGGCUGAACCUGAAGGAGGUGGCUGCCAUGCUCAAGUCCAAACAUCAAGACAAAUUCCUGCUCCUGAAUCUCUCCGAGAGGCGCCACGAUGUCACCAAAAUAAAUCCUAAGGUUCAUGACUUUGGCUGGCCUGACCUCCACGCCCCACCGCUGGAUAAGAUCUGUGCCAUAUGCAAGGCCAUGGAGACGUGGCUGACCUCUGACCCCCAGCACGUGGUGGUCCUGCACUGCAAGGGCAACAAAGGGAAAACAGGCGUGAUCAUUGCAGCCUACAUGCACUACAGCAAGAUCUCUGCAGGGGCGGACCAGGCUCUCAGUACUCUCGCCAUGAGGAAGUUCUGUGAAGAUAAGGUGUCCUCUUCCCUCCAGCCGUCCCAAAACAGGUAUAUCUAUUACUUCGGGGGCCUCCUGUCCGGGGCGAUCAAGAUGAACAGCAGCCCUCUCUUCCUCCACCAAGUUCUCAUCCCAUCACUCCCAAACUUCCAGGGUGAAGGAGGUUACUUCCCCUUCAUGAAGAUCUAUCAGGCCAUGCAGUUGGUCUACACUUCAGGGAUAUAUGACCUUCAAGGCACCGGAGGCAGGCGGCUGUGUGUCACCAUUGAACCAGCACUUCUGCUGAAGGGUGACAUCAUGGUCAAAUGCUACCACAGGCGAGCCCAGAGUGCAGACAGAGACACAGUGUUCAGGCUGCAGUUCCACACGUGCACCAUCCACGGAUCCCAGCUGUGGUUUGGCAAAGGGGAGCUGGACGGAGCUUGUGUCGAUGAGCGUUUCCCAUCAGAUGCAACAGUCGAGUUUGUCUUCUCCUCUGGACCUGAGAGGAUCAAAGGACGUGAGUACCAGAAGAACGACCCGGCUGUCACAGUCGACUACCACACGGCUGACCCAGUAGUCCGCUGGGAUUCCUAUGAGAACUUUAACCAGCGAUACCAGGACAGUCUGGAGGAUAUUGCCCACACCAGAGGUCCUGUAGAUGGAAGUCUCUACGCUCAGAUAAAGAAACGUCGAGGGCCAAGCUCUGGUUCUCUCACCUCGACCAAUGGCAGCAGCCCAGGAGCGGGUCCUUCUGACCAUAGACCUGAUCAUCUCAUCAGUCAAGGUUCUGACCCCGCCCUCUCAGGCCAUUCCAUCCACUUGAACCAACCGUCUGUCCAUCCUGACUGCCAGGAUGAGCCUGUUCGUCCGCCGCCUCCGACCAGACAAGAGCGAGAGGACCUUGCACGUCUUCUUGGAGGCAUAGAGGGAAACCGGGAUGGGGAACGAGAGACUGCCAUCUUGGAUGAUGGAGACUCCCUGCCCUCUGAACGAACUGGGACGCUGGGGCUCAGUCGGUCGUGUUCCUGCCGAGAUGGGUAUCGGUCCCAGCGCUGUGCUGAGCCUGGUUGUGACCGUACUCUCCUCAUGCCUAACGGUUACUGCCUCGAUCGUGCUCCUGGAACCAACGGGCACCACGGGGCGACCCCUUCUGCCAGCCCGAACCCAGCUGCUCCUCCGUCACACAUGGAUCUGUGCCAGCACUACAGCCCCCACUCCCACCAGUCCCUCCCCCCUCCAGAUUUGGUGUGGGACCGCCAGAGCGGCCCUCACUUCCUGCACCGGUCCUGCUCAGAGGCCCCUUCAUCCAGACAUAUCUGCCCAUACCCAUCACCAGACCUUACCCCCCACCCUCACAACCCCCCACUUCACCACCCUCUGUCUGCCCCGGGUCACCUUUGCUGUCGAGAAGACGACUACGGUCCCUACCAUCACGCUCCCCCACCUCACAGCCAUCACCAUGCACACCUCCCCAAAUCCUCCACCAGCCCUAACUACAAUGAUAUCAUGCUGUUGGAUGGUCUUCCACCCCCUGGCUGCCCAUGCAGAGACUGCGCUAUCAGGCGGGAAGACUAUCACAACCCCAGGCUGGACAGAGGUGACAGCUUCCACUGGGACAGAGAGGCAGAGCUUCAGCACAGGGAGGUGGGGCUGAGGAGAGCCAGGGACACAGAGUUACCCAGAGGGUCAGAGCUCCACUGGGAGAGGGAUACUGGACCCAGACGAGGACGAGAGCUGUCCCUCCACUGGGAGCGAGACAGGGAGGCUGAGCUGCAGUGGGAGAGGGACAGAGAGGCUGAAUACUGGCAUAGGAGAGCCACUGUAGCCUCCUAUGGCCCACAGGGUCACGAUCUGCCGGCCUUCACAUUUGACCCUUUACCAUCGGGUCACCCUGCGUAUCCAGAGGCGUCGAGGUCUCACGCUCAUUCUCACCUGGAUCUGAAGUACAGCAGCAGCAGCAGCGGUUACCAAACACCCCGGCAGGUGUGCCCCUGCUCGCCUUACCAGCCCUCACCAUCUGAAAGCAGGGGCUAUGCCUCGGGGUACCAGUCUGAGUCCACAUCCCCGCUGCCUCCAGCUUCCUCCAUGACAGGGCCCUGCAGCCAUAGCAACGGGCCAGCAGAGCAUAACCACAACCAUCACCAUCCAGACUCACAGCAGUCAUACAGCUCUGACUCACACACUGAUGGUCUUCGUAGCUCUGGUGAGAGUGUGGGCUGGAGGGACCACAUUACCCACGGGUCCUUUAGAAGGAACCAUAGAGAAGGCCAUAGAGAAGUUCACGCUGCCUGCUCUACGCCAUCUGACAUGUCCGGACCGUCCACUCCCGUCCACACCAGCAGCCCUCUGCGCACAGUGGAAAGCCCCAGUCCAGGAGGGAGGGAGUAUGAGAUCCGGACCACAGACAUCAUCAGCAGUGACUACGAGGCUUCUCAGCCCCAGGUCAGACGCUACGGAGCUGAUAAUGUCGUUCAGCAAUCCCUGGAAAGCCAAAUAAGUAGCGCAGAGCCGUCAUCUACCAAAGACACACAGUCACACACAAACACACCCACACAAACAGACACCCACAACCACUGCAAGGCACAAAUAAACCCAUCCCCUAUGACCCCCAACCAGCAGCACUGUAGUCCAGAUCUGCCUUCAGCUUCUUCCUUUGACUCUGUGACACCGUCCACAUCAAACCAGGAACACUGUCCGAACCCUUCAUCCCCUGUUCAUGCUUCACCUGCACAAGACCCACACCCCCAACCCCGCCCUCUCCAACUGCAGACCGUUCACCCUUCAGAGUCUGCUGCUCUGCCCUCCCCUCUGGCACAAGCGGUGUCUCAGCCUCAGAGCCAGUCUCAAGCCAAUGGCUCUGCCGGACCAACCCCACCCGAGGUCAACGGAUCAUCUCCAGCCAGAGAAUCUCACCCAGACACUCCAAAACCGACCAACACUCAUCCAUCAUCAUCCCCCCAUCCUGCAUCCAGCAGCAUGGAAGAUUCCCCUGUCUCCGACACCCCAGUUCCCGGAUUCGCCACGCUGGGAAGGAGGCUGAUGUUGAGUGGGCCUGACCCGAACCACCCUCACCACAACCAGCAGCACGGACCCACCCAUCAUCACUACCCGUCCAUGGAACACGGUGCCGCUCUGGAUACCAACAAGAGGCACUGCUACUCCGCUCACUCCCCACAGCUUCAUCCUUCCUCCUACUUCAACUACUCUACCAUCUCUAUCCCCCUUCCUCAACCCCAACCACCUUUGCCAGAGAAGCGCCACCCAUCCGCCCAGGCAAGUUCCCCUUCUGAUGGGGCAGGAACUCUGAGGCCAGCCGUUGGCCACAUGCCUCCCUCCACUGCCAGCACCACCCAGCAUCAGCACCACGUCACGUUCUCUCCCACCGUGGGAGAAUUAGCACCCCCUUCAGGCGACAAUGAAGGAGUGGCCUCUGUGGAGCCUGAGAAUUCAAAUAGGGUCAGUGUGAAGUUUGUCCAGGAUAGUUCGAGGUUCUGGUACAAGCCUGGUAUCUCCAGAGAGCAAGCAAUCGCAGCUCUGAAGGAGAGAGAGCCAGGAGCCUUCCUGAUCAGAGACAGUAACUCCUUCCAGGGGGCCUAUGGUUUGGCCCUGAAGGUGGCUACUCCUCCUGCCAAUGUCAACCAAAGCAGCAAGGUGAGUGACCCACUGGAGCAGCUGGUCAGGCACUUCCUCAUAGAGACAGGCCCUCGAGGAGUCAAGAUUAAAGGAUGUCAGAAUGAGCCCUACUUUGGAAGUCUGUCUGCACUGGUCUGCCAGCACUCCAUCACACCCAUCUCUUUGCCAUGUGCUCUGAAGAUCUCAGAGAAAGAUCUGAUAGGAGAGGUGCAGGAGGUUCAGCCAGUGAGUAACGUCAGCACGGCUGCUGACCUGCUGAAACAAGGAGCAGCCUGUAACGUCCUCUACCUGAACUCCGUGGAAACUGAGUCUCUGACCGGCCCCCAGGCCAUCGCCAAGGCAACGGAUGCUACACUGAGUCGUAACCCGCGUCCUGCUGCCACUGUGGUACAGUUCAAGGUGACGUCACAGGGCAUCACGCUCACUGACAGCCAGCGCAGGGUUUUCUUCAGGAGACAUUACCCAGUGAACAGCGUCACAUUCAGCAGCGUAGACCCUAAAGACAGGAGGUGGACUAACUCAGACAACACCACUGUUAAGGUGUUUGGUUUCGUGGCGAAGAAGCCCGGCAGCGUGGCAGAGAACGUCUGUCACGUGUUUGCCGAGCUGGACCCCGAACAGCCCGCCUUGGCCAUCGUCAACUUUAUCAACAAGGUCAUGUUGUCACAGCGGCGGUAGACAAGGACAGGAAAGGAGACGCGGAGCAGACAAGCAGGGACAGUGUUAACGGGGAGUUUGACUGGACAGUGACAGUGCUUGUGUUCUCUCAGUUUCAGGCCGUGACGCUAAUCUUUGUCCAUCAGGAGAUGACGUGACAAAGAUUUUCUUAUCGUUCCAUGUUAAUAUGUUCAGAAGGCAAUCGGAAAUCUUAGUCCACGAUCCAACUGAUGGUUUUUCAUUUGUCACGUCGACACUUUGUCUGCGACUAAACAGCCCACACAGCUCACAUGGGUUCAUUCUCUGGAGUCAUUACUUGGGAGAAAGUCCGGAGCCUCUGACUCGGACAUUUGCGUUUUCACAUACAGCCCCUCCAGAGAAAGUCAGGAGAUUAACCAGAGUACAGUCCAUGUCUGAAAGCAGCUAUUAUUGGAUGCGAACCCCCCCCCCCCCCACACACACACACACACACAUACACACCCCACACCCACACCAACAGACUAACAAAGUUAACCCUGCUCAACAUUAGAACUUUAACAUUUGUGGUCAGACAUGUUAUCUAUCAUUAAAAACUUCCUGUAGUUCUUUCUUCAGCAGAUUCAAAUUGGAUCACGAUUUUACUGCAGGAAACUGAACGAUAAUCAAUCUAUUUUCCAUAGUCAUUGUCGACCUCUGACCAUAUAAAGCUGAUUAAUUAAUGUCAGAGUUAACUGAACCAGUCUCACUGAAACCAAGUAAGAUAAGAUAAGACGUUUGUUUAUUGAUUAAAGCUGCACAAGGAAAUAGCAGCGGAGGGGGGGAAUAUGGAGUGGAAAAUAAAAAACAAGAAUAGAAACAGAAAGUGGAAUAAAUCAGAUUAGAAUUGAAAUAAUACUGCGUGGUUCUGCAAUUUACAAUAUGUGCAGCCGUCCUUCUUGGAAUUCGUAAAAGAAUAACUGACUUAGAUUUCUUCAUACAGGCUUCUGGUAAAUGAUUUUAUUCAUUCAAGCAAGCUUAAUGACACAUAGCAGCCUCUAUGUGUGUAUGUGUGUGUGUAUCUGUUACGACUGAGGUGUGUUAAGGGCAGAGGUUCAACACUUGGACCUGAUAAUUGCCUUUCAGAAAAACAGCAGGUGUUUAUAUUUUGUAUUGUUUUGUUAAAAGUGACCAAAGGCCUGAGGGUGAAGUUAAGUUUCUAUAUCAUGAGAUGUUCAUACGUAUGUACAGCACAUUCUACAGCCACUCUUGCCUUCAACCACACCCCCGCCCCACACUUAAUCGAUCGUUGCAUAAUCGACAAUCAUGUUUGGGUUUUUCUUCCCUCUCACAUUUAAACUCUAUAAUCGGAGCGAGCGAGAGACCAACGGUAACUCUCUAAUGAAAGCAAACAGGAACGUGAGCUCUAAACGAGGUUGUGUGCGAGGGAGUGACGAGUGACGAGGGCCUUCAGGUGAAUACGUCGGGUUUCAAGGUUUGGUUACGUCCACUUUUAAAGAAACGUAUGUGAAACGGGGAACAAGAUCGACGAGAAAGGACGUUCAUUGUUGAAGCACGCCGACGCCAUGACACGCACUGUGGUCAUUCACUGCUUCACAUCAAUAACGCAAAUCAGUUUUUUGAAUCUCACUAAAUGAUUCACACUGUGUUAGACAGAGAGUGGCCUAAAGACAAAGUGUACUUAACCAAAGACAAAGCACUCUUGUAUUAAUAAGCGUUUUAUCCACCUAUAUUUUUGUACUUAUUGCUUCAUGUAUUUUUACUAUGCGUUUAUUUAGUGUGUCGCCUCGUUUGGUAGAAAAACACUACUUGUAUUACAGCGUUAAUAUAUUGUGGUCUGUUUUCUUGUUGAUCUCUAUAUUAUGUAGUAAUAUAUUUUCACAUGCAGCUAUAGGACAGUGUAUGAGACAUACAAAGGAAAACAUUUGGUUUGAAAAGUAUAAUUAUGCUAUUUUGUAUGCAAAAACAAUGAAGAAUAGAAAUAAACUGAAAUGAUGUGGUACCUGAA